AUGGUUCACCUCCUUUCCAUCACCACGGGCGUCAUCCUCGCUGCCUCAGCGGCAGCCCAAAAGUUCAACACCUGGCCUCAGCACAACUAUGGUGGCUGGUAUAACCAAACCGAUGGCGACGUGACGACCUCUGGGUCCCCUACGAUUCCCCCGGGGGGCGAAGCCAUUUUCUCCUUCCUCUUCAAUUCUGCGGAUCCCCCUUACGCCGGCUUCUACGUCCAGUCUUCGGGCGACUACAUCACCGACUAUACCGUCCGCGGCAACGGUUGGGGCUUGCCGGUGACCAAAGGCCGCGUAUGUGGCGCCAAGGGCAACUUCACUUUCGUGCCUCUGACAGGCCCCAAUGGCGAGUCACCCGCCAAGCGGGCUGAUACGCUCUUCCUCGAGGUCACCGCUUCCAGGAACGGUGCAACGACGGCUACCAUCAACGAGGUCUGGCCCGUCUGGGUUGGUGACGAGAUCUUCUACCCGAACAACACCUCACCAUGCCCGCCCGACACCAAGAGGGUAAGGCGUUCUGCUUGA